AUGGAUGAACAGAUGGACAAGUGGACAGCUGGUGAACAGCCCGUCGAGGCAGUCUGAGAGAUGGACUAACUGCUGUGGAGCAAGCAAGAUCUCCUCCUGGUUCCUCCACCUCUCCAGGGCUGCCCUGGACACAGCCCUGCUCACCCCGGCCCCACGGAACCCACCCCAGCCACCACCUCUGCCGGGGAGGCCCCAGGGAGGAGGAAGAGGAGGAGUCGUCAGAGGCAGCGGGUGGAAGAAGCAGACCGUGCAGGUCGCGGCGCGGCCGGGGCAGGGAAGUUCUGGGAAAAGAAACCACUUCUAAAAGUGAGUGACCGCUGCAUCCUUCUUCCUGGAAGGAACUGUUCAUUUCUGCGUUGUGCCUUGGCGCCACCACCGAACUCUCCACGUGCGUCAAUUCGGCGAGGGUCACCAAGAUCAACGGGACCGCGACGCACCUGGGCACGCUGAGCGGAGACAUUCACCUCCAAGGAACGGGAAAACUCCUGUCGGUGCCGGGCUCCGCCUGCCAGGAAGGGGAGCCCGGGGGGACAGAGGGGACUGCCCUGGGUGCUGCUGGCUGUGCCGAGGCCGUGGCAGCCCCAGGGCUCUCCCUGGACAGCGUUGCACAAGGGGCUGCACUGCCUCUUGCAACGCCGGGCGCCCUCGGUGUUCCCCUGGGUGCUGCCGGGCACAGGGGCUAAGCCUGGUGUUCCACACUUGGUUCAGCACCCAAAGUUGUCACCCAGGGGUGUGCGUGGGUGUGAGCAGGCGGCCGGAGCAUCCCCCGGAGAAUCAGGCAGUGCUGGGACGCCGCGCACUUCCCACACCUCCAGCUCCCUCCUUGCCAGGGUAGAUUUUUGCCUCCCACAGCUGGAUUUGGGAUGCGAAACUCCCCGUGGUGGCAGAUGGGUGACAUCCCUGUCCCCGCUGCCAGCCGCCACUGCCCUCUUUUGCAUUGGGGUUUCGGGGCAGCCGGCGCUGGUUUCAGUUCAGCCUGUCGGGUGCUGAGCGGUGACACCAGCGUGAACCAAAAAGUCUCUCCCAAGAAGCCGGGACGCGGGGGUCCUGCCGGAUCCGGGCUGAGCGGCGGGACCGCAGCCUCCCGGCUGGACCCACGCGGACUCCCUCGAGGAACUGACUCGAAGAACAUCCCCAUCCACCCUUCCUCCCGCCCUGCUCUCACCCUGCUCAUUGGCCCCCGGGCCACGGCUUCACUUCUCGCUGCCUUCCGCUGUCCCGAUCCUCCUUCAGAGGGGAGGGUGACUCGGGUGCGCUUUAAAAGCCGCGCUUCCCCCUCGCCGAGCACUGAAGGAAGUGGCUUUGCGCGCCCGGCAGCCCCGGGCGGACACCCUGCCCCGGCCAUGCGGUGCGACGGGCGGCCCUGGGCAGUGCUGGCAGCUGUCACCAAGGGGCUCCUCAUCCUCUGGGCAGUGCCGGGCCAGGGGGGCAGGUCCCCGCUGGCCCCCACCGUGCAGCAGACCCAGGCGCUGGUGAGGCUCAUGGCCGAGGACGCGCAGCAGCUCUUCACCUUCUACGAGAAGGAGCAGCACCUGGCCAUGCACAACAUGUGCCGCACCAACAACACCCCCGAGUGGCUGCAGAGGCCGGCCAGGGGGCCCUGGGGUCUGCGGAGGCUGCGGAGGCCCAUGGUGCACAUGGAGCAGGCGCUGCAGGACAUCAUCCGCCACCAGCGCGACCUCCACCACCCCGAGGCCGAAAUCCUUCGCCGCUUGAGCAGAACCCUCUGGAAGAAGCUGCAGGGCUGCCGGAUCCUCUGGAGCUACGCCCGCUUCAUGGCCGAGCGCAGCGCCGAGCUGGGCGCCGGGAGCCGCCGGACGCGCCGGGAGAGGGGGAGAUCGCAGCGGGGCUCAGGGCUGCCCGCACGGCCCUAGGGCAGCCCCGUCGGCACCGCAGCUCCCGUCUGCAGCUCCAUCAUCUCCAUCACCUCCAUCUCCAUCCCAUGAGAGGCGAUCUCAACCCCAUUCCCAGGAUGGAGAGGCGUCCGAUGGCCGGGAUGCCCCACGGAGCCCCUCUCACCUCCCCGGAACGAGGGGUCGGAUGCACCGACAGCAUCUCCCGCCGCUUCGGCUCUUCGUGGGGACCCUGCUGUCCCCGAGCCGCCGCUGGGCUGCAGGACAGCCCUGGCUGGCUCUCCCGCAUCCUUCCCCGCUUUCCCGUGGAUCCAGGUGGCUCCAGUGGAGCCGGGUGUCCCCGGGUGCCCAGCUGUUCCCUGUCCCCGAGCCCUGCCGGAUUUUCCAGUGAUUCAAUGGGUCGGCUGACACAGCCUGACUCAGAGCUGCUCGCCCAGCAGCCGCCACCGGGCCCACGGAGAGCGCCGCUGCCGCCGGCGGCUGUCACCGGUGCUGUCACCCCCUGCCUGCCCGCCGCCAGCUCUGCUCCCAGGGAGAAGCUGGGAGUGGAAUCCCGUGUCCCUGAGCGGUCUGUGUCCCUCUGUGCUUGGUGUCACGGAGCUCAGUGUCCCUCUGCACAUCCCUGUGCUCUCAGUGUCCCCUGUGCUCGGUGCCCCUGUGCUCUCAGUGUCCCCUGUGCUCGGUGUCCCUGUGCUCUCUGUGUCACCUGUGCUCGGUGUCCCUGUGGUCUGUGUCCCAGGCUCACUCCUGCACACUGGGUGUCCUCACACUCCAACAUCCCUGUCCCCUCCGUGUCCCCCCCGAGCCUCCCAGGCCAUGCCACCCCAGCCCUGACUGUGCCCAGCAGGGACUCGGCUCUGGCCACUGCACUGUGACAGUGGGUGACAGCCCCCACUGCCUCCCCCCUAAGUUAUACAUUAAUAUUUGUAUCUUUAUUGUAUUUAUUGGUUGUUAGGGUUAAUUUAACUCCUGUAGCUUUCAGAAGUAUUUAAGGAUGUUUCUAAUAUAUAAAUAUAUAUUUUUAUUAUAUUUUUUGUACAGUGUUAAACGAUGAACAUCACCAGGAUUUAUUUAUGUAUAUUGAUAUUUUUGGUACAUGUAGAAGGGCAGUGCCCCCGCCCAUGGGGCUCUUUUUUAUUUUUGUACAAUGGCAGAAGGAAAUAAAGU